GAUUAAGAAAACCAGUUUGUAGUUCUUCCUGCUGAAACUAAACCUCACUUUUGAAGAGGCCUCGCGGCCGCGGUGCACUGUGGGAGCAGUUGGACGAUCCAAGAUGGCUGCGAGCAGGAGGCUGCACAAGGAGCUUGAAGAAAUCCGCAAAUCUGGAAUGAAAAACUUCCGUAACAUUCAAGUCGAUGAAUCGAAUAUAUUGACAUGGCAGGGCCUCAUUGUUCCAGAUAACCCUCCAUACGACAAAGGGGCCUUCAGGAUCGAGAUCAUCUUCCCUGCAGAAUAUCCUUUCAAACCCCCAAAGAUCACGUUCAAGACGAAGAUCUACCACCCCAACAUUGAUGAGAAAGGACAGGUCUGCCUGCCUGUCAUUAGUGCAGAGAACUGGAAACCAGCCACCAAAACUGACCAAGUAAUUCAGUCGCUCAUCGCCCUGGUGAAUGACCCACAGCCAGAACACCCCCUGAGGGCCGACCUAGCAGAAGAAUACUCAAAGGACCGUAAAAAAUUCUUUAAGAACGCAGAAGAGUUUACAAAGAAACACGGUGAAAAGCGGCCAGUGGACUAAUGAUACCUGACAAGUGUGUAGCCCCUCUCCUCCCAAACAUAAAUUCUCCUCUACUCCCCUCCCCUUGCCUCCCCUCUUCCCUUUUCCUUCUUUUUCCUCCUUCUGCUCCCACUCCAAUUCCCUACACACGUGUCAUUCUAGUUGAGUUGGAGAAUUGCACCACAGCUGCAGCCUCCGUUUUAAAGCAGGACUCCGUGUGGAUAUCUCACCAGUUUCUCUGCCUGGUGUUAGCUUGAGGCCCUUACUAACUUUCUACUGUCUUUCUGUUCUUUAAGUUUAAAGUUUAAACAUGUCAAAAUAAUUGGAUAGGGGAGAACAUAAGACUGGAAAGGUGGUAAAGGAAUUAGAAAUUGUAUUGGGAUAUCUCAAUAUCUGUAUGCUGUUAUUGACCUUAUUAUGAGUGAAAUCAUCACUGCAUUAGUACGCACUUCUUUGAUCUGACUUCGGAAGUGUCAGCUUAUUCAAAAAGAGGAAAAUGUGUAAUUUAUCAUGUAUAAUAUUUUUUUUUGUUGCUGUUGUUCCCUAUUCUUAUUUGUGCGCUCCAAAACAAAGAUACUGUUUGAUGUUUGAAAAUGAACGAGGUGAUGGAGGUUACACAGCUUGAUACUGGAGGAGUGUGGCAGUAAUUUUUUUUUCAUACUGAUCUUUUUACUUUCACUGCGCUUCUUGAGUUGCACUGUAUUCUGUGGGACGGCUUCCUCUCCGCCCCUUUGCAAACUUCAGAUUUGCAGAUCCACUGAGUAGUCUAACAAAGGCAGCCUAGACACCAAUAUUGUUAUCAAGUUCUUUGUUUCACAAAUGGAAAAAAAAAGAAAUGGAAGGAUAAAAACGGUCUUUGUGUGAGUGAACAUACUUUUAUGAUGAUUACUAAUUUUAAAAACACCUUUUAUUUUAACGUUUCACAGAAACAUCUUUUUUGUUCCUUCAUUUGGAUUUGGCCAUUAAUGGAAAUUGUGCCUCUAGGUGUACAGAUCUAUACGUUCCUGAGGCUAAACAACAAAAAAGAUCAUUGUUGCUCAUUUCUCCUAAGAAUAAAGAGUAGUUGUCAGCAGAGGUCUUUAUUAGAAUAUGCUCUUGCAGUUACUUUCAUGUAUUCAGUCUAUCAAACAGACUGUCAUGACCUACUCGUCUCUUCUCUCACCAUUUUAGCCGAGAUGUACUUGAUAGUGAAGUAGGUAUUACAGAGGAGGUGUGAUUUCGCACUUUUCAUUAGUAGGCCUGUAAGUAGACAUUUUGGCCGAUUAUGUAUUCAGAAACUUUAGCCACUGGCAGUUUGCCCCUGUAAGCCACUUUGCACCUUUCAGACAGAAAUAUCAGCGGUUCUAGGAGCUGAGGCUCAUUUUCACAAAAUUGUAUGAAUUCUUUUACAGCCACUUCACAUAUUUUGUGUAUUGGAAUUAAAAGGAAAAGAAGUAAAGGAAGACCAAGUGUACAGUCAUGAGAAUGACGUUAUAUACAGAGCGGCUGACUCUGAUUGGUCACUCUGAGUGUGCUGACUCUCUGAUUGGUCAACGAUUUCCUAAUAAAGCCAGCUAACCAACAAGA